GUCUCAUCCAACAUGUGCAUCCUUCCGUCUUCCUUCCAGUUCUUCUGCCCCCCACAUGGAUCUUUUUCUCCUCGCGUUUCGUCCGACGAAUGCUAAGCCGUCUUAGAGCAUGCACACCAAAUACACCUUGAUCCCGACCCACGAACCUAUUAUCCCGCACACCGUCAAGACCUCGCUCACGCCCUCGCUCCCUCGCCUCAACCCACAGUUAUCCGAAGAGGUGCAAAUCGCCUUCUCGCAGGAAAUUGCCCCCCUCAUGUCUAGCUCUCCGUCCGACUGGGCCCCCAUCAACAUCAACUCCAAGCUCCUGCGCAUCGUCGCCAAAGUGUCCGGGCGCGUCUUCAUCGGCCCCGAGUUAUGUCACGAUGAGCGCUACUUAGAGGCCGCCGUGGGUUAUACCGUCAGCGUGAUGGAGGCGCAGAGGGCCGUGGAGAGGAUGAAUCCCUGGGUCAGGCCCAUUGCCGCGUGGCGGUUGCAGGAGGUUCGGAAGUUGGCGCAGAUGGAGCGGGAUGCCACGGCUUUCUUGAGGCCUGUCGUCGAGGCCCGCAGGGAGAAGCAAAGAAAGGGGGAAGAGAAGGACAACGACAUGCUGCAGUGGUUGAUGGAUUCAGCGGAUCAGGGACAAGGGAAGCAACACGGCAAGUGGGGGGAGGACACGACCACAACGAGAAAGUUGGCCAGGUUGCAGCUCGCUAUCAGCUUCGCUGCCAUCCAUACUACCACGUUGGUGACGACGCACGCGGUUUACAGCCUUGCCGCGGACCCCAAGUUGCAAGCCACGCUGCGUGAAGAGAUCCAGUCGGUCCUCCAAGAACACAAGGGCGUGUUCAACACCUCGGCCCUGCAGGCCAUGAAGAAGACGGAUUCCUUCCUCAAGGAGACGAUGCGCUUCCAUCCUCUGGGACAGACCUCCUUCAGCCGCAAGGUGCUCAGGACCUUUGCUCUCUCCAACGGACAAGUCAUCCCCAAGGGAUCGACCAUCGAAGUCCCCAACUACGCUGUCUCGCGGGAUCCCGAAGCGUAUUCCCACCCGGAUGUGUUUGAUCCGUUGAGGUUCUAUAACCUCAGAAACGAGGCUAGGGAGAAGGGGGAGGCCGAACAGGCGGCGUCGGGCCAGUUUGUGAGCAUCAACAAGGAGUUUUUGACAUUCGGAUAUGGACGGCAUGCCUGCCCUGGAAGGUUCUUUGCGGCAAAUGAAAUCAAGAUGAUUUUGGCGAACCUGGUGAUGACGUAUGAGAUGGGACUGGUGGAGGGAGAGACGGAGAGGUAUAGGGACUGGGAUAUUGCGGCGGGAACCAUUCCAGAUCCGACAAAGGAUGUAAUGUUUAGAAAGCUGUAG